ACACAAGCCCCCCAAACCUUGCACUCAUUAUUGAAUUUUCCUCAUGAAGACAAUUGCCAUUCUUGCGCUUGUCUCGUCGGCUGCAACCUUUGCCGCGGGGGAUACCGCUGCCUCCGUACAAGGAUACGGCCCCGCGCUGAGCAUUCGUCCCAGCCGUACGGAAACCGUAGAGGUGUUGCCUCCAUUUCCCGAGCUAGUCAAGGAUUCCGACGUCAAGAGUACUCACACCCAAGGCAACAAAAACUUCAAUACUGAUACCCUAGGCUACAAGGACGUCAGUACUGACACCCAAGGCGACAAGGACGUCAGUACUGAUACCCAAGGCGACAAGGAC